GAGCACACGACAGAAAGCCGGGUACUACUCCGUAUAUCAGGGGUGAAGGUGCUCCAGAGGACUUUUGGCCACCGGGUGGAAGAUAAAGCAAGUGUAGCCAUUCAUUUCAAAGGGAAAUAAAACAAGAAAUCAGCCACACAAUGCCUGCAGACAAAGAUGAAGGUGGAUGGUCUUCUUUUCUGUGGAAUUCAGAGAGGAAGGAAUUUCUAGGACGCACUGGUAGUAGUUGGUUUAAAAUCAUUACAUUCUACAUCAUCUUCUAUGGCUUCCUGGCUGGCAUAUUCAUUGGCACAAUCCAAGCCUUGCUGCUCACCCUCAGCGUCUACAAACCCACUUGGCAAGACCGAGUCGCACCCCCAGGAUUGACACACUCACCUCGCUCAGAAAAGUCAGAACUGGCCUUUAACUUGAAUGAUGUAGAGACAUAUUUGAAGUAUGCCAAGUCAAUGCGGGAUUUCUUGGAACCCUACAGUGACGAUAACCAAAAGGACCCAUUGAAGUAUGAGGAUUGUGGUGCUUCACCUAGCGCAUACAAGGACCGGGGUGACUUUGAUAGUGACAUUGGCAGCCGACGAGCCUGCCGCUUUGAGCGGACAAUACUCGGGCCAUGCUCUGGAAUCGAGGAUCGCGAGUUUGGGUUCAAGGACGGAAAGCCUUGCCUGAUCGUCAAGCUGAACAGAAUUGUCAAUUUCUAUCCAAGGCCUCCAUCCAAUAAUGAAAGCAUCCCAGAGGAGGCCCAGCAGAAAGUUCAACCCAAUGUGAUCCCUAUCCACUGCACCAAUAAGAGGGAAGAAGAUGCCGGCAAAAUCGGUGAGAUCAAGUACUACGGCAUUGGUAAUGGCUUCCCCUUGCAGUACUAUCCCUACUACGGCAAGAUCCUGCACCCCCAGUACCUCCAACCGCUGGUGGCCAUCCAGUUCGUCAACCUCACCAUGAACACCGAGCUGCGCGUCCAAUGCUCAGUGUAUGGUGACAACAUCAAGUACAGCGAAAAGGACCGCUACCAGGGACGAUUUGACAUUAAAAUCCAGGUCACCAACUUAUGACCUCAGUAACGAUGCACACGAUAGGUAUUUCUUCUCUGACCUCCCCUCCUUUCACGCCUCCAUUUCAAAACCAAACUAAAUGUCAUUUAGGAGAGGGCAAAAAAAAACCACCAUGGGAUGAUCUAAAAUAUGACGUCAAAGCAAAACUAGUCUCGAACAAAAAAAAAAAAAAAACAUUGCCACAUAUGGGACCUACACUUAACCUGUAUGCUUUUCACUAGCUUCUCUGCUUCUGUCUAGGGUUAGAACGCAAAACUUCAGGAGGAUUAGCAAUAGUCUAAAAAUAUGUACUCUAUAAAGGUGAGUAGUCUUUGAGCCACACUACAUAUUCAUUUAUUCCUGUAAAUGAGAAUUCCACUUCUGAUGUAGCGAAGCAGUGUUUUGUCCCUUUAAGUAUUGCUGCCUUUUGUGGUUUCAUCGAUUUUUCUUUUUCUUAUUGGAGUGUACUGUAGUUACAUGUUGCUAUGUUGGUUCUUUGAAAGCCAUGUUGUAAUCUAUUUUUGCUUUCUUCUAAUGUGAGCAAGCUUUAGCAGUCCAAGAUGUAUAUAUAUCUAUGUAUGUAUGCUUGCUUACUGAAAAUUCGGGUAUGGUACACUCUGAUCUCUUAAGGUCUGUGUGUGUGUGUGCGCGUGCGCAAGUUGGGUGGCUGCACUCCCUAGAGAUUUCUUUGUUCUUGUUUUUACUUUCAUGCGAUCAUUACUUUGUGUUAUUUCCUUAAGUAUGAUUGUUGGAGAUUAUUUUUUCUACACUUAAAAUUGUUUUUUGUUUUUUUUCUUAGAAUCACGUGUAUUAGGGGAAAGGGGCCAUUAUCAUAUUUUCAUCUUUCUGUUUCGCUUUUUAUUCGAUCACAGAUGACUUUUUUCAAGUCCGUAACACUUUUGCCUUUUCUGGGGGUAAUGGUGCUAGCUCCAGUGCUUUUUAAAAAGAAAUUCUCCUUUUGCUGUAUGCACCACAUGAUACGUGGUGUUACUGUCCAAUGAAUGUUUUUGCCAUUUACAUGGUGGGACAAUUUUACAUUAAUGCAGUUUUACAUUUUGUUUUGUUUUAUUCUGCAGAAUAGUGUCAUGUCUAAUUCCAAAACCAAAGUCACUGUGGGAGGAAGGUAGAGUUUUAUCAGAAAGAUUUCAGUGCCCCAUAGUCAACGACACGUCGAUGUUGAGCGCUCAUUGAAUGUCCAACGUCAGUCCAACAUCGGAGGUCAAAUGUGGAUCUAUCAAGUCCAUUGAAUAAUUUAUUUAAUCCAGAUAAACAUUAACAUGAAUAAAGUGGAGAAACUAUA